AGGUCAACCUGGCUAUAUAUUAUUAUCUAGCUAUUGUUUUUGAGUGUGAAGAUGUCUUUCUCAGUGUCUGAUGAAUGGACAGAGGUAUCUGCGGGGGAGGGCGUGUCCAGUGCCGUGGAGGGAGAGGGGGAGGCUGGAUAUGGGCAAGUGGAACGAUCUAAUCUGCUCAAUAUGCUCAAGAUAUCCAUCAAGGCUCUUAUCGAGAGCUCCAUGAGAUUAGGGGCGGGGAUUAAAGAUGACCACACCCACCUAGUACAGUUCCUAGUGCUGGUCGAACUAUCACUCAAACACCGACUCAGGAAUCGUCGGAGUUUGCUCGGACUGAAGAAGUCAUUCUGGGGGGUGGUUGAGACGUGUGAGAGACUGACGAGUGACCUCGCUGCUAGCGUGGCUAAUAUCAGAGCCAUCCCUGGGAUUAAGACUAAUGUUGGACGUGGUAGGGCGUGGCUAAGAGUGUCACUCAUGCAGAAGAAACUGUCGGAUCAUUUCAGAGCAUUCACUGAAAACAGAGCCGUCCUCAGUGACUGGUAUGAUAGAGAGGCCCUCAUGAUGCGUGAGGAGGGCGGUGUACUUACUGGUCUGUUGAUGGGACUCAACGCACUCGACUACAACGUACUACUAAAGGGGGACGAGUUUGACUCAUCGGUGGGAGUGUUGGAUUUGAGCAGAUAUCUCCGUGAUGGUAACUACCUCGCUAGACCUAGUGGCGAUGAGGACGAGGAAGACGACUCACAGCUGGCUAAUUUAAUGGACCAGAAAGCAUAUCUCGAAGAACUCAACAGAAAACUCGAAUCCUCAGUGGAGCGUCUACAGUCUAAACUAGAGUCUGCUGAGAAGGCUAACAGAGUGCUGAGUCAGCAAGUCUCCUCUUCCCAAUAUCCUCCCCCGGACAAAGAUGACCUCAGAGCCAUGAACGAGCAGUCAGCCACUCAACUCAAGAAAGCACUCGAGAAUCUUCACGAUGACCAAAAGGCCGAAUUGGAUUCAUUCAGCCAAUCAAGAGCUGAUAUGAAGGAGCUUUUUUCCGCUACUCAGAAAAGUCUCGAGACUGAGCAAAACUUGAGAGAACAGGUUGAAAAAGAACUGGCUGCCCAGAGGAGUAUGAGAGUUGAGAAGGAGACGGCCCUCCAGUUACUUGAGAAGAGUGUCCAUGAGAAGCAGGACAAUGUGAUAGCCCUGAGGAAGCAGCUGGAGGAGAGCAAGACCACCAACAUCACCAUGCAAACACAACUCAAGACAUCUAAGGAGACACACCAGAGAGACUCGCUCAAGAUAAGAGGACUAGAAGCCAAACUAGCACAACUCACAGCACAGAGCAAGAAGACUGACAAAGAAUUGGCGGACACUGUGGCUGGUCUGCGAGAGUCUGAGCGUACGUCAGGUGACCUGGCCACUCGACUGGAGGAGAUCCAAUUGGCUAAGAGCUCGGCAGAAAAUGACCUCACCAUCGAAAAACAAUGGAGGUCAUCGCUACAGAUGGAGUUACAGCGUGAAAAGAACAGAGUGGUUGAACUGACCAAUGAAACGAAGCAAUUUAAGUCACUGCAGAAGGAACACUCUGAGAUGCAGGAGCGUUUUGCUGCUCUACAAGAAACAGUCAAUGAUCAGGAGAUAGCCAUGGUGGAGAUGGGCCGACAACUCAGUCUGUCCCAACAGAAGGUGUCGGACAUGAAAGAGGUGACCGGGAUGUCACGUGACUCUGUCUGGAUUGAUGACAAAGACAUCACAGAUUGUCAGGACUGUAAGAAACAGUUCUCAGUGGCUAGGAGAAAGCAUCACUGUCGUAACUGUGGAGGCAUAUUCUGCUACGCUUGCUCCGACAACAGCGUACAGCUUCCCUCGAGUGCUAAACCAGUUCGAGUGUGUAACUCUUGUCAGGACCAGGUCCUACAAAGAGCCUCGACUUGAGGACACUGCAACGACUACUAAUAUAGGGAGACUGUCUGCAUCUUUAAUUUGUGUGAAUAUUAAGAAAUUAAUUUUGUCCGUCUUAUUUAUGUUUUAGAGAUUUUUUAAGAGAGAUUUUUGAGAUUAUGAAUCCACUCUAAGAAUGAUAUUAACUGUUGAGAA